CCUAGCGCGCCCCAAGUUUUCUAGUUUUUCCCCAAACCUUGUGCUCCCCUUCCCCAUUCUCCCGUCCGGCAGCUCGAUUUGCGAAAUACGCAUUUCAAGAACCGCGAGGUGCCGAUCCAAUCCAAUCCCCUCGUUCCAUGGAUGAAUCUGAUGAGCACAGCAACGGCAAUGGCGGCGGCGGCCACCACCACCACGGUUACGAGUGGAAGUUCCCGGCGGCGCUGUCGGCGAACACUACGAGCGUGCACGUGACGGCGCUGGACGGCGUGGUGAACGUGAACUCGCUCUUCACGGUGGCCGUGUUCGUGGGCCUCUCCCUGGCGACCCCGGGGCAGCUGCAGAGCCUCGCCGGCGACCCGUCCUGCGACGCCGGGCCCGGGAUGGCCCGGUCCCUGCUGGUGCUGGAGGUGGUGGCCUUCUCGUCCUUCCUCUUCUCCAGCCUGGUGGCGCAGGGCCUGAAGCUGGCGCUGAACCUCAUCAAUUCCAAGGACCCGCACGACGCGAUACGAGCCCACAUCGACGCCCGCGUGCUCCGACUCGGGAUGCUGGCAUCCGCCGUGGGGUCCGUGGUCGGGUGCGUGUUCCUGAUGGUGUCCAUGGUGAUGGUCGUGCAGAUCCGGCUCGGCACGCUGGGCUGCGCCAGCAACCGCGCCGCCGCCAAGGCCGCCGCGGGGCUCGUGGGGCUCGUCACCACCGCUCUCGCCGUCUACGUCGGCACCGUCUUCUACACCUUCACCCACUGAUCGAUGACGACGACUGCUGUUGGUCGAUGUUGGGUAGCGUACAGUGUCACCUUGCAUUGCUGCGUCCAAAGUACUUUGAUGAAACAAACUUGUUUGGUUUUUGGGGGACAUUUGUUUGUGAAUACUCUAAAGUCUGCUACUGUUGGAAAUUGUCGAGCUCACAUCGUUUUGCGGUACAUCUUGCAACGGACGCAUUGGCUGCCAAGGAUUUGCAGUCCCCAUUCGUUCUUAUUCAGUAAUUCAGUUCGUGAUUUGGACUGAUGAGCACAAGAACGGGACCCAUAUACCUUGGUACCGAAUUCCGAACCCUGAGCGAUCUGAAUACCCGCUGCAAUUAUCAUGUCAUCAUAUUGCAUUGCCAGCUCAGAAGCCACAACACCGUCAAAUUGGAUCAUAUUGGUCUAUGAGAGUUAUAUGGCUACAACGUUCGCGUGUUUCAUGAUUGCAGGAAGGAGAUCGCAAUACCAAUUUUUUUCACCAGCGUGCGGCAUGGAGAGCUCGAAAAAACAGAAUACAUAAGCUGAAAAACAGUAAUGGUGAAUGGAUUAUGGAUCAGACAGGUAUGACAGGGCUAGUCAAUAACUAUUUCAGUACCCUUUAUGCAAAAGAUCCUGAGGUCAGACCGCAGAAAGUGUCAGACUCUUUUUGAACCUUGUUUUACUGAUGUUUUCCAUGAUGAGCUCUGUAAACCUUUUUUGCAGAAGGAGAUCGGGGAUGCCCUCUUCCAAAUUGGCCCUCUGAAGGCGCCCGGCCCGGAUGGUUUGCCGGCACGGUUUUUUUCAGAGGAACCGGGGUUGCCUAAAGGAGGAUGUCAUCUCUGCAGUGAAGCUCUUUUUUGAAGAAGGAAAAAUGCCGGAAGGUGUGAACGACACGGCUAUAAUUUUGAUCCCAAGGUUACAACAUCCAGAGACUUUGAAAGACUAUCACCCCAUUAGACUUUGCAAUGUCAUCUAUAAGGUAGUUUCUAAAUGUUUGGUGAACAGACUUAGACCCUUGCUGGAUGGGAUCAUUGCUGAAAAUCAAAGUGCUUUUUAUUCCGGGACGUUUGGUUACUGAUAAUGCUUUGUUAGCUUUUGAAUGCAUUCAUGCUAUACAACAGGAUAACUCAGACAGGAGUAACUUUUGCGCGUACAAGUUGGAUUUGGCCAAGGCAUAUAAUAGGGUGGAUUGGGAUUAUUUGCAACAAGUUUUGGAGAAAUUGGGCUUUCAUCGAAAAUGGAUUUAGUGGAUCAUGGAAUGUGUGAACACUGUAUGUUAUACAAUACGCUUCAAUGGUGUUCUUUCGGACACCUUCCAACCCACCCGUGGAUUACGCCAAGGUGAUCCUUUAUCGCCCUAUUUAUUCUUGUUUGUUGCUGAUAGUUUAUCAAAAGUUAUGCAUAAAGAAUCAGUGCAAAGAACCAUACAAGGACCGCGAGCAUGCCGUCGAGCUCCAGAAAUUACACACCUAUUAUUUGCAGAUGAUAGUCUGCUCUUCUUCCGCGCUCAAGAGGAGCAAGCUGUGAGGGUGAAGGUGGCGCUCGAGAGGUACCGCAAAGCUAAUGGUCAAUUGAUUAAUUUUGACAAAUGCUCCAUUCUUUUCAAUGAGAAGCAGGACCCUACUAUAAUCGAUCGCGUCAAGAACCAGUUAAAUGUCAAUAAAGUGACUUUCGAAGCGAAGUAUCUGGGCUUGCCAACUCCGGGAGGACGUCUCAAGGCGGACAGGUUUCAGUCAAUUGUGGAUCGGCUAACAAAACGAUGCAGUGCGUGGGAUGAGAGAUGUCUGUCUGCAGGAGGAAAGGAUGUUUUGAUAAAUCUGUAGCUCAGGCCAUCCCUGUUUAUGUGAUGAUCAUGUUUCAGCUCCCGGCAUCGCUCCAUGAAUCGCUGUCACGUUGCAUCAGGCGGUUCUGGUGGGGUGAAUGUGCUGGAAAACGAAAAACUCACUGGACUCCCUGGCAGCAAUAUACAAGAGCGAAGGGAGAUGGUGGUUUUGGCUUCCGUGAUUUAAAGCUCUUCAAUCAAGCGCUUCUGGCUCGUCAGGCGUGGAGGCUGGUUGACCGGCUGGAGAGUUUAUGUGCAAGAGUGCUGAAAGCAAAGUACUUCCCAAAUGGCAAUCUUCUAGACACGGUAUUUGCAACAAAUCAGUCGCUCACUUGGAAGGCGACUGGAAUUGCUGGAAAAAGGGGUGAUAUGGCGAGUUGGUUCAGGGAAUUCCAUUCACAUUUGGCGCGACCCAUGGAUUCCUAAGGGCUGGUCGUUGAAGCCUACAGGAAAGAGGCGAUCAUGCCGCCUGAAAUGGGUUGCUCAGCUUAUAGACCAGUCUAAGAUGGAAUGGCAAGCAGAUAGGGUGCAUGAAUUCUUCCAUGCACAUGACGCCCAACAGAUUAUGAACAUCAGGCUACCCUCAAAGUUGGGGGAGGACUUCAUGGCCUGGUUUUAUGAGAAGACAGGUGUCUUCUCAGUUCGCAGCGCAUACAGGCUGGCAGGAAGAAUUAUGGAAGAAGAGAAUGGUGGCUGGCAGUCUAGCUCUUUGAACCAGGAUCAUAGGCCAAUUUGGAAGAAUUUUUGGAACAUGCCAAUCCCUCAUAAAAUUCUGGUUUUCGGAUGGAAAGUGAUCAAUAAUGGGCUGGCUACCCAAGAUAAUAAGUGUCACCGAAAUAUUGUGGUGUCUGAUCAGUGCGUGAUAUGUGGCAAGAAAACUGAAUCGGGCACGCAUGCUCUGGUUCAAUGUGUGCAUGCGAAUGCGCUCCGGGAAGCAAUGAGGCAGCACUGGAUAUUGCCGGACGAGGAAUAAUUCCUCUCACUUACUACUGAAGGCCUGCUAACAUUCAUUGACGGACUGGGGGUUGAUGGAGGAGCAAAGGUGCUGUUGCUUUUUUGGAGGAUCUGGCAAGUGCGAAAUAAUAUUGUUCACGAUUCAGAUUAGCUAUCUGUGGAGGGUUCAACCAGGUUUCUGCUCAAGUAUUGGGGAGAGUUGUGUGCUAUCCGACAGCAACGUUCUGUGUUGGAUAGCAAAGGAAAAAGCCAACACUUUGGUAAUGGUCCGACAUAAGAAGGUGAGGAUCCUGGAGAAAUGAAGGCCACCUGAUAGGGGUGGACAAAGAUUAAUGCUGAUGGCGCCUUUGACAGUGGUACAGGUGAAGGAGGCUUGGGCAUCAUUAUUCGGGACAACUCGGGAACUGUCAUGUUGACCGCAUGGCUCUACAUGGGAAGUGGGCGGGAUGCAGAGGAAAUGGAGGCGCUAGCCUGCAAGGAAGGUCUGUGUCUGGCUUCGGAGUGGUGCCAUCAACGGACCAUGCAUUGCAGCGGUACUAGCGAAGAGGGGUGUUCGUCGAUCACAGCUGAAGUUCGUACCGGAGGAGGCAAUGGAAGCUGGCGACAGACUCCCGGCAUGGGAAGUUACCCAUUCGAGAAGAGAGAGCAACGGUGUCGCACAUGAGCUCGCGCAAUUGGCAAAGCGAACGAAGCACUCUGCAGUGUGGCGUUUCGCAGCCCCGGUGUGUGUUGAGCAGCUUAUUGCUCGAGAUUCUAAUCAACUUUCUGAGCAAUGAAUAAAACUCUCUUCUCCUCGCAAAAAAAAAAA